CUUCCGCACCCCGCGCCUCCGCCCUACCUGUUCUCCCCUCGUCGAGUAGAGCCGGCCACCAUGAUGAACGGCAACGUCCUCGAGCCCACCAACUCGUUGGUGGGGCCCAUGCUCACCGACCUCUACCAGAUCACCAUGGUCUACGCGUACUGGAAGGUGGGGCGCCACAACGACCACGCCGUGUUCGACCUGUUCUUCCGCAAGAACCCCUUCCACGGCGAGUACACGGUGUUCGCCGGCCUGGAGGAGGCGCUGGCCAUGGUCAACACGUUCAAGUUCACGCCCAGCGACAUCGCGUACCUGCGCGAGGUGCUGCCCCACGCCGAGGAGGGAUUCUUCGAGUGGCUGGCGGCGCUCGACUGCUCCAGCGUCAAGGUCUACGCCGUCAAGGAGGGCUCGAUCGUGUUCCCCCGCAUCCCGCUGGUGCGCAUCGAGGGUAGUCUGGGCGUGGGGCAGCUGCUGGAGACGCCACUGCUGAACCUGCUCAACUUCGCCAGCCUCAUCACGACCAACGCCACGCGCUUCAAGAAGGCGGCGGGCCCCGACAAGAAGCUGCUCGAGUUCGGCCUGCGACGCGCGCAGGGCCCCGACGGCGGCCUCAGCGCCUCGCGCUACUCGUACAUGGCCGGGUUCGCCGGCACCAGCAACGUGCUGGCCGGGAAGCUGCACAAGAUCCCCAUCAUGGGCACGCACGCGCACGCGUUCGUGCAGGCGCACACGUCGCUGGAGGACGUCAAGGUCACGACGCUGGACGGAAAGAACUUCCUGGACGUGGUGCUCAAGUACCGCAACGAGCUCGGCCACACGCAGACCAAUGACGGCGAGCUGGCGGCUUUUAUUUCGUAUGCUGUCGCCUUCCCGGAUGCGUUCUUGGCGCUGGUGGACACUUACGACACGCUCUCGUCUGGUGUCCCGAACUUCGUCUGUGUUGCGCUGGCGCUGCACGAGCUGGGCCACCGCCCCGUUGGCAUCCGUCUGGACAGUGGCGACCUGUCGUACCUGUCGAAGCGCUGCCGUGAAGCGUUCAUCGCUGCCGGUGAGUGCUACAACAUCGACUACUUCAAGACGCUCAACAUCACCGCCAGUAACGAUAUCAACGAGCCGGUGCUGAACUCGCUGAACGAGCAGCGCCACGAGAUCAACGCGUACGGCAUUGGCACGCAUCUGGUGACGUGCCAGGCCCAGCCGGCGCUCGGCAUGGUGUACAAGCUCGUGGAGAUUAACGGCGAGCCGCGCAUCAAGCUGUCUCAGGACGUGAGCAAGGUGACGAUCCCUGGCCGCAAGGAGGCCUUCCGUCUCAUCGGCGCGAACGGCAAGCCGCUGCUGGACCUGAUGACGGGCGUCAACGAGAAGGCUCCGGAGGUUGGCAAGAAGAUGCUGUGCAGGAAUCCGUUCGACGAGCUCCGACGCGCGUACGUGACCCCGUCGCAGGUGAUCCCGCUGCACAGUCUGUACUGGGAUGGCCCGAACGGCGGCCUCGUGGGCGAGCUGCCCACUCUGGAGGAGCGACGCCAGUACGUGACGGAGCAGUUCGAGCUCAUCCGUGAGGACGUCGUUCGGUCGCUCAACCCGACGCCGUACAAGGUGUCGGUCUCCAACGAGCUGUACGAGUUCAUUCACGACCUGUGGAUGAAGGAGUACCCCGUGCAAGAGCUGGAUUAA